AUGCUAAGGACCGCUACCAGACUGAAAUACUCUGCCGGCAGACCAUCUAUUGGUUUGGCACUAUUUGGAUGUAAAAAUCGUCCUGCUUAUCGGAUCGUUGUAUUUCCAAACAAAGCAUACGGACGACAUCACGAGGGAAGUAUCAUCGAAGAGCUUGGCAUUUUCGACCCACUGCCUAACUUUCGGAACGAGAAGUUAGUUGCAUGUGAUAUUACUCGUGUGAAAUAUUGGAUCGGAGAACGUAACGCACAUAUAUCGCCAUCUCUUUUGGAAAUUUUAGGACUUUGGGGGGUACUACCAAUACAUCCGAAGACUUUCAUCCGCGCGCGAUACCAUCUCGAAGAAUUGGAAGAAGCCAAAUUAAAAACUCGUCCUGUAACAUCUGAAUCAAAUGCACUAAAAGUGGAAUCGAAGGAAGAAACUGAAAAGAAAGAAAAUCAUCUUUGUGCUUGA